AUGGUACAAGCAUAUCGCCUUUUGCUCCUCGGCUUUGGUGUGCUAGCCACGGCUGCAGAUGUGAGCCUAAAGAGUACGGGUUGUGCCGACGCAGCAGGAUUCGAGAGUUGCCAAACUUCUGCGAACAAGAAGACAACAAGCUGCAUCAAUCAGGCUCAUCGAGACGACAGCCAAAAGGAGAUCCUCGCGUGUGGCUGUCAAGACUACGUCAACAACUACAACUGCUACGCCGCUUUCUGUUGGAAUAAAGUCUGGGAAUGCGACUAUCAGGAGUACAUCGUCUCUUACCUCCAGAACUGCCCAAUUGCGAAACUCCCCGUCCCAUACUUUCCUGCUCCGAAGCAGGCCCCCAGCUCAUGUUCGUGCAAUCUUGGCAAGGUUUAUCUCGCCAUUCACGACGCCAUUCAACAAACCGAAACGUGUUCGGACGAUUCCGAUUCUGCCGAUGCAGGAAGCAACCUGCAGCGAAUGCAAGGCUGCUCCUGUUGUGAAAUCAGCGGAGCUCUUUCAAGGCAAGCACGAAUUCACUCCGAGUUUCAAACACUACUAACACUCGCUAGUAUUGUCGAGAUCUGUCCUGACACGGAUCCCAAGUUCGCCGGACUCGCCGAGAUUUCCCAGCUCGAGACACAAUUGAACGUCCAAUUCGAUACGUGCGGAAAGUACAUGGAUACCUAUGAUUGUCGUUCCGAUCUCUCUUUCUCGCUGGAUGGCGUUAGCACCUUUUACAAGCCCGAUGAUUCGCUCAAGACCGGUACAGCUACCUUGAGUAACGGUCCAGGCACAGUCACAGCUCCAGCAAGCGGUCAUAUAUUCACAUACACCAAUGGAGGUGAUGGUGUUGUCUAUACCAUCACAGCCGCUGCUGAUAAGGCCGGUUCUGGAAGCAAGGGGGAUUCCAGUGGGAGCAAGUCUACGUCAAUCCCCACUGAAAGCUCUUCGGAGAGUAAGGGCAAGGCUACGGAGUCCAGCUCCAAGAAUGCAGGAGCGAUGUUGGAGACUGGAAAUUGCUUGGUGCUGGGGGCAAUCCUUGUGUCGAUUCUUGCUGUCUGGUGA